GUAUUAUGUCGACGUGUUGUUAGCUUGAUAGACUAAAACCCUUCGGAGGCUCAGUGGAAGUGCGAUUUCUACACGCAAUGUCUGCGUCUUUACCCCAAGAAACGGAAUUAAUUGAGAAACACGAAGAAAUUUUAGGCCGGAGAGCCGAGCUGCUGAUGCAGAUGGAGAGUCUCAGAGAGCAGCUGAAGAUCCAGAGGAGGCAGCAGGUGGAGGAAUCUGAGGCGGCCUGCCACAGGAACAGCACACUGCUGCAGGAUUUACAGAAGAUAGAAGUCCGUCUCAGAGGAAGACAACUGCCACGCCCAAACCUGCUGGCUCUGGAGACAAGGUACUGGUUGUCUGUGGAAGAAUAUAUCCCAGCCUGGGAGCACUUUCUCCUGGGUAAAGGCCCACACCCUACUCAUGCUCUAGGACAGCCACCCAGGAGAGCCAAACAGAAACCCAGCACAGCUAAAGGCCAGGGCCUGCCUCCUCGCCCAAAACCCAGGACUGCUCGAUCAGAGCAGUGAUGCUGAACGAGCCACUGCAGCCUGAAUGACAGAGAGAUGACCAAAGGCCUGUGGAUUGUCAACAGCAUCCUAUGACCAGGGUUGGAGGCCAUGGUGAACAAGGGUUUCUCUGUGGAAUGGAUAUGGAUUCAGUGAUACAGUAUUUAGAAAAGAGGGGAAGAGAGAGUCAGAAAGAAAGAAGUAAGGUGUAUGAACAAUGCUGCAGGCUGACGUCUCUGCCAACUCCAUGAAAUGGGUAUCAGAAGGACAUGCACCUUCUAUUUAAAGGUAUCAGUCCACAACAGCCCCUUAUAUUUAAUAUGGAUUCAAGGAUAAUUUAUUGUCAUUAUUCAACACAGGGAUGCAUAACUAAUUCAGUUGUAGCCCAUUUGUACCACAACAAACACAUGACAAACAAAACAACUGUAGUACAUUCCUGUAGUGCAGUUUCUUUAUAUUUGCAUCAUAAGGAAUGUAAACAGUUCUCUGUGAGAUUCAUAUGGUCGACAUCUUCACAUUAAACACUCAAUCAACUUUGACUGUUUGAGCACCAACCAUCAGGCACACACAGAGUCCACCUCCUCUCGUCCCACCAGAGUUCUGAUCUCUGUCCUGCUCUCCGCCCGUCAAGUGCAGCUCGAUCCUGGACCACAAUGGAUAAAGGUCUUUGUGUAGAUGUGGGCUCAAUAGCCACCAACGUCCUGCUGCUUUCCUCCAUCUUAUUUUUCUGUGACCGGACAUCAGACAGCUAUCAGCAUGCUCGGUAGUGGAGUAGCCGCAGGUCCUAGUUGGGUUAGUUUAGCUUUCAUCUGCGCUCUUCUCCCUGGGGCAGUUUGGUGGCGUUUGGUCCAGCAGGUCUGGCUGGUCGGUCGGCCGUGGCCCAUGAUUGUCUCAAAGUCUGCUGUCUGCUUGAUUCCCACCCUUCCUUUUCAGAUGUCAAUGAAUGUAUUCUGUCAUAUGCCAUUUGGGAUGAACAGGGGGAAAAAAACAAAUAAAUAAAUUUAUAGUAAAAUUCAUAUACAUGUGUCGCCGUUGCAAAGCAUAAAGAGGAGCAAUGACCCUCAAGCCUCACUGAUCCCUUUAGAUUUCCACU